AUGUUUCGUUUAAAUACAGAUCUAGAUGAUCUAAACCCAUUUAUCGUUCAAUUCACCAAAGAAAUACUAUCUAUUCAUUUUAACCAAUGUUUUUUGAAAGAUCGCAGAGCUCAGUCGUUGAAUCAUUGUAAAAUCACUGUUAACUUGUUGAGAAAGAAAAAAGCACAAUUUAGCUACUAUGGUGAUGACGAUCGUUUAGUGUCAGAAGUUUCUCCUACUCAUUCCCAAUGCCACGUUAAUAAACCGAACGGAAAAGUACGCAUUACUUGUCGUACUUUGUACUUUGAUCAUUUCCAUCAGUAG